AUGCUCCACCAAGAGCACAAACAACCAGACCCCAAAAUCGGCAUACGCUCACGCCUAAAACACUUCACAUUCGCCUGGUUCCUCUCAACAAUGAGUACAGGCGGCCUUGCUCUCGCUAUCGCAGAGACACCGCAUCAAUUCCCCGGCCUCCACCAAAUCGGCCUAACCCUCUUCCUCCUAAACAUCGCUCUCUUCCUCACUCUCACCACCCUAACAACCCUCCGCUUCCUCUACCACACUUCCCACUUCCUCUCUUCCUUCCUCCACCCCCAAGAAUCCUUCUUCCUCGGCUCCUUCUACCUCUCCCUCAGCGUCAUCCUCGCCGGCAUCCAAACCUACGGCAUCACCCACGGGCCCGGCUACCGCUGGCUCAUCGACGCAGUCUACGUGUUUAUUGGGUGGUGA